AUGGACGGCAGCGGGCGGUACAGGAGAGCGCAGGGGGGCGGCGGCAACCAGCAAGGGAUGAAGGGCGGAGGGGGAUUACCGCUUCUGGGACUCGUUGGCGCCGUUGGAUCUGGCAUGGCGGUACUCGACUCGAUAAUCACCCCCCAUUCCUCAUGCCCUUCGCUUUCCUCCGUUUCCUCCAUCUUGCCGCCGCGUCGUCGUGCUUCCCCUCUCCCGUCCGCCAUUUCCCCGCGCGUGCGCGGCGCACCAGGCGCUGUUCCUGCAGCUGAGGGGCGCGGAGCGGAAGAGGGGCCACGUGGAGGAGACGGUCCUGCUGCUGCAGCAGCAGAUGGCGCAGCAGCGACUCUUGCUGGUGAGGCCCGUGGGGCCUGGAGAGGAGAGUAG